GGUGGGAUAACUGCCGUGAAGAGCACUUUCACCGAUCCUCCGCAGAACAAUAACCGUCUGAUGGCAACUAUAAAAAUGGAUAAUGAUGUUUCGGUGACUAUGAGUCUGUUCGACUCACAGGCUGUCAAGCUCCACAAACAACUUUAAUCGAUGGGAGGUGGUCCAAGGGUUCUGGUUGCAACCAGUAUCAACCCCCAAAUUGUGGGAGGUCGUCUGUUUCUGAAUGCUACUUCAGGCACACACAUAUAUUUUGACAAGGAAACCACCGCAGGGGAGACUUAUUUCUACAGGCUGGUUGCCCAAGACACCAGGCUUCCAUCAGCAGCUCCAUUGCUAAAGAGCUACGCCAAAGUGGAAUCUCUGAGCAUAGCUGAGCUCAAUGAAUUUGUCAUAUCUGCUUCUUCUCAGGAGAUUGAUUUCAUCUGCACCGAGAAGGUCACUGGUAUCAAGCUAGACAAGGGAUUGUGCUACGUUUCUUGCUCCAACUGCACCAAAAGCUCCAACGCAUUGUCUCAGCUUUCACCUGGCUGCAUUGUACUAAUACUAAUGCUGUUGGGGUCUAACCAUUUAUAUCGGGUGGAGAUGUCCAUUGUUGUUUGUUUUAAUGGGGUUAUGACAAAACUGCAUAAUAUGAGAGCCUAUGAAACUGGCCAUCUUUUGGCUGGUGAUGGUGUGAACCCGGAGGACACUCAGGCACCUCCAUUUGUUGCAGGCAUGGACGGUAGGCCUACACAUUCCAGGUUAAGGUCGGUGCAUACAACUUCACUCCCGCAUCCUUAGUGAAGGUGACCGUAUGCCGCUCUCUCAAUUUGUUGACAAUGGAGGCGAUGAUGACAAUGGAAACAACAACAGUGGUGCCAUCUCGGUUCGUUCUAAGGUGGAGACUGGUGGUAGCAGUCAGGUGCAAGGAUCCUCGGAAGUUAAGAAGAAGGCACGUAAGGCAUUGGUGGAGAUGAUUGGAUACUUGAAGUUAUGAUGCAGUAUUUUCCGCUUUCAAUAAUGCUUAUGCAUCUGUUUUUUUCCCCUGUUUUGUUGACAACUUGGUCUUUGAAUAUUGGUUAGUUUAUGUUUGGUUACAGACAAGCUGUAUAAAAUCUAUCACGUUCUCCGGUUGUUUUGUAUUUAAGAUCUUUAUUCAUAUUUGGAUAGCUCAAAGACUGCUUGA